CGGCCUGCUUCCCGGGAGCCCUUUGGAUUGAGGACAUCAUCCGCAGUAGAAGGGAUUUCACUGGAGACCUGUCAUUGUCAGAGCCUUAAAACAUCACAGACGGGACUUUUUGUCACCGGGACAGAAAGAAGAGGGCAGUAGCCCAAGCAGAGUUCUGCGACAGUGUGUGUGGGUGUGUGCGCCUCUUGAGUUCUUCCAGAGACGGGUCUGUGCUGAGCUGUCGCCUCGCGGGGCUGAGCACCAAGCUUUGCACCCUUGGGAGCUCAGCGACUGUUUGUUGAUCAACCACUUGCAGGUAACAUGGCCCCUGGCUUGAUUGAGCUGGAGCGAAAGUUCAUUCCAGGGCCUGGCAUAGAGGAGCGACUGCAGGAGUUGGGCGGCACCUUGGAGCAUCAGGUCACCUUCCGAGACACCUACUAUGACAACUCUGAGCUGGGCCUCAUGCGGGCUGACUACUGGCUGCGCCAACGAGAGAAUAGUGGAUGGGAGCUCAAAUGUCCUGGAGCAGCAGGUGUCUUGGGACCCCACACUAAGUAUAUAGAACUCACAGCUGAACCUGCAAUUGUGGCCCAGCUCUGUGAGGUGCUAGGGGCUGAGGCCCUGGGGGCUGGAGGUGUGGCUGCUGUCCUGGGCUCAUUGGGCCUGCAGGAAGUGGCUAGUUUCGUGACCAAGCGGAGUGCCUGGAAGCUGGUGCUCUUGGGAGCGGAUCAAGAGGAGCAGCCGCUCAGGGUGGACUUGGAUACAGCCGACUUUGGCUACGCUGUGGGCGAGGUAGAGGUCCUGGUGCAUGAGGAGGCUGAAGUACCAGCUGCCCUAGAGAAGAUCCACAGACUCAGCAGCAUGCUUGGUGUGCCAGCACAGGAGAAAGCACCUGCCAAGCUGAUCAUGUACCUACAACGCUUCCGGCCUCAAGACUAUCAGCGCCUGCUAGAAGUGAACGGCUCUAGAGAGAAGCCACAGGGGACUAAACAUCCUGAUGGCAUCCUGGAUUAGGGGUGUCACUUCCUAGAAGGGGAAUGGAACUGUGGGUCUAAUAGGGUUCACUCCUGGGCUCACUCUGUCUCUGCCCUCAGCUUCCCUUCUGACAGUGACUCCUCUCUCAACAGCUCUGUUUCUUCACCCUACUCUAAGCUGCUCUUCCUGGAGCCCUCCCUGGGCUGCUUCCUCUCCCUCAUCCGUCAGAUGCAAUCUGUGGGCCGCCCCUCUCCCCUGGCCGCUAAGCAGCCUCCAUUGAUUUCCGCUCGUGUUUAUAGGAUUUCCACUUAGCCGUGAUCAGUAGUUAAGCACAGGAAAAUCCCUUGCCAUCCCCCCUCCCUUGGUCGAUGCCAUUGAUUCUGCCAGCGGCUCCUAAACCGCCUUACAGCUGAGUUAGAGAUGAGGGGAGGCAGCAGGGAUUUCCCUGCCUUGGGGUGUAGGGAAUAGCGGCAAGUUGGGGAAAUGGUUGGGAAUCCCUGCUAGAAAUCUAGAUUCUGAUUUGAUCUUGCCACUGUGCCUAGCACUGGCCCAGAGGGUACAGUGCCUUCUGUGGAAGUUUAGGGGCAAAUUUGCUCCCCUCCUUGGAGAGGGGUAGAAAGAAAAACCCUCCUUGUUAAGAGAGACUCGGGAAGAUUCGUACUUCCUGUGUAAGAAGGUUCUUCUGGGGUAGGCAUUGCCUCACCCUGUAAUCCCAGGACUUUGGGAGCUUGAGUCCAGGACUUUGAGACCUGUCUGGGCAACAAGACCCUGUC